CGUUUCUAUGACAAAAUAAACAACGUUUGACAAACGGAGACCGUUUUCUUCCUAGAAAAUUUGAACUGAUUUUAUGUAAUGCUACAUAUAGCGUGAUUGAAGAUAGUUAACUAAAACGGUUUGGCCAGGAAGUGAAUUGAAUGUAAUUUAAUCAAGUGACUGACCUCAUGCUCCAAUUCUGACCGUUUUAGCGCCUACGCGAUCAUAACCGAAUGCAAGGUUUUUGCGAGUAACCAACGACCAAGUAUAGUCAUAAUUACUUGAGGUCUCAUCGUGCACAGUCAACCGUGAAAUAUUAUUGAUCUCACGAAUUAGUCACCUCAUCCUUUAAAAAUAUUUAAGUCGUUUGUUCUAUAUAGUAGCAGACGAUGAUACGAUCAAAACCUCAAUGGCAGUUGCAAGCUCUGGCAGCGCAAAAGCGUGAUAAUGAGCUGCGUCGUGCAGAAGAAUUAAAGAAGGUAGCCAAUUAUUUCGAGAAGAAUACAAACAAAUCAAGACACCAUGAACAGUGGACAACUGAAGGAUACUACGAAAAGGCUAAAAGAGAAGCUGAAUUGUUAAGUGAAAGAAAAAUAAGAGCAGCGCAAUUGGAAGAAAGACGGAAGAAACUUGAAUUAAUGUUGUUUCAAGAAAAUAUGCAAUAUCAGCAGGAGUUGAAAGCUUUGGCUGCACAACCAAAAUUAUUUAAGAAUGGUUCUUAUCUGAACAAAGUGCCAACAUCAACUCUCCAAGAAAUAAACCAGGGUAUAAUGGAAAAAGAGGAGCAACUCAGGAAACAAGAAGCCGAGUUAAAGUUGUAUCAUGCCUGGCGCCUGAGGCAACCAGAACUGAGAGCUGCUUCCUCUUAUAUUGCUAAUGGAAAGCUGAAAUCAGCUUGGCUUGAACAAAUUGUGGAAAAAGAAGUACAAAAGAAAAAGGAUGAUGAAGAAACUCGCAAGAUAUUGCAAGAGAGAGACGAGGCUUUGCAGAAGCAAAUUCAAUUAGAAGAGCAAAGACUGAGGGAGAAAGAGCUGCAAAUGAGGGAGCUCAGAAAUAGUCUUGAAGGACAAAUAGCAGAGUUGAGUGAGAAAGAGACGGCUGUUAAGAAAUUGCGAAAACUUGAAGAGAAAGAAAGAAUUGUACUUGAUGAACUGCAAUUUAUAUCAAAUGAAAGAGAGAGGGAGCAUGUAAAGCUUGUGGCAGAAAGAGAUACAAGUAUAAUCAAUAUGGGUUUACAUAAAUUUAAGCUCAAGAAGAAAGUAUUAUGUGUUUUGAAUGAAAUAAGCUUAGACUUGAAAAUGUUAGAAAGAAUUAGAAGAGCGGUAAUUAAGGAUCUGGAAUCGGAUAAGGAGAAAUGCAUAAAUCAUAAGCGGGUCUUAGAUGCGGCCUUGCACGAGUUAGAAGAGCACAGGGAGAGAGAGCGUCAAAGACAGAAGAAUAUUGAAACAAUGUACGAUGGAGAAGCAAGGCAACUCAAUGAAAAACAAGAUAUGCUAUGGGCUAAAGAACGUGAAGCUCGUAGCAAAUUAAUGCAGGAGGUAAUAGCGACUUUGAAGCGGCAAAUUGAAGAAAAAUUGGAAAUGAAUAUACAGCAACAAAGAGAAAAUGUUUUGGAACGAGAGCAGAUAUUAGGCCAAAUGGACAAUUUCCACCAAGAAGUGCGCGCUAGAGAGAGGGAAACACAGUUAAAGAACACUUCAUAUUCUACUAUAAACACACUUCAGUCGCAACUGAACAGUCUCAAACUACAAAGGGAGCAGAUGGACGCCAUAGCCAGCAGAGAGGCAGAGUUGAGAGAAGCGGCGGCUAACGAGAGAAAAAUUAGAGAAGAGAUUGCUAGAACGCAACGCGAAGGAAAUGCUCAAGCUUGGACAUGAAUUCCGUUUAAAAUGAAAUUAUUUUUAAUUGUGUGGUUUGCCAGUUUCAUCCUCGCAUUAGUUUAAGAAAACAUUGCAAUUGAAUUUCGAAUUUUGACCCAGGGUGGAGUUGGUGAAGAUGUUUUUUUGCCGCUAAUUGUGAAUUUAAUAGUUACGAUUAAUACAUUCGCGUGCUAUAAAACGCAUAAUAACUUAUUUUUUAAUUUUUUGAGAACCUGAUUUCGUAAAACAGUGUUUUAUUUGAGCCUUAUAUGAGUACGAGCCUAUUAUGACAGUCCCUUUCACAGUCGUUUUCAUAAAAUUCAUUUAAAUUUAAAAAUAAUUGAAAUGUUUUUUGUUUUUGUUUAUAAUGUGCUAUUUUUUCGAUCGAUGAUAUUGGACCGCCCUUAUACAUUUUUGGACAAAAUGAAAUGAUUUGUGUUAUCAUUUUAUACAAAGAUUAUUUAACGUAAGUAAAUAUUUAUUGAUUUAAAAAGAAAUGUAUAAGGUUCCUGAUGAUAUUUAUAUCAGUUUUGUAAAAUACAAAUACCUGGUAUUCGGCCGUUUCUUAUAGAUAAGCUUAUUUUGAAUGAAUUAUAUUCAUAAUAGAUUUUCUUGUACGUAUCUGCAAAUUUAUGUAUGAUGUGUACGCUUCUGAGGCUGUAAUUUUUGGAUUAUUAAGCAAAAAUGUAUUUAUUUUAAUUAAUUAAUGAGUUUUUUUUUUUAUUUUAACGUAUAUUUGAUGCAGACUGAGAAUACAAAGAAGUCUUAUAGUUAUACGAAUAUUGUUAGACUUAAAAAGAUAUAUUUUUGAUAAUGGGCUUACUCAUUACUUUUGUAUGAAAAAGUGUGUGAUUGACGAGUGAUAAAUAAAUUUUUGUAAAA